AUGGCGAACAGAAUGUCAAUGUUCUCGGCCACCUCCGACUCCCCGAGCAGUUCCCGCGCUGGAGGGCCUCAGACUGCCCAGGUCUCAACAACGACCCUCUUGAAUGCCACCCACAACAUCUACCUUGCUUCUCAAGCCCACCAGCUCGAUGCCAGCACGAGCCUCGUAGUCAACACAUGGCUUACCGCUUCGCGAGGCGGCCCGACCGUCGACGCUUCACUGGCCGUCAGGGCCUGGGAGCACGCCCGCCGACGUGCCGAAGACGGCUGUGUCGUCUUGGGCUCGCUCCAUCAGUCGACUCCCUCUGUGCUGGCUCCUUUCCUCUCCAGCUUCCCCUUCGCCGUACCGUCAACUCUCCACAAGGCCUUGGACGCAGUCCAGCCCUUCGUUCGAUGCAUCACGCCGUACAACCCGUCUGCCCCGAGACAGGCUGCUCUCGGCGUCACGCUCUCUCUGAGCCUUAGUGGAAAUCUGACCGCAGCGUCCCUCGCCUUGUCGCAAGGAGGCAUCGACACCGUCAAUGGCCUGCUCAAGAUUCCACCCGAGGCCGGCUAUCGCGCUUUUGACAUAUUUUACUAUCUUCUCACCUCCGCCUCGACGCCCGCCGAGCGAGAGUUCCUCGGCCUCCGCAGCCCUUCUACCUACACGUUGUUGGCUCGGUCUUCAACGUAUGCUCCGCCCCCGUAUCUUCCCGCGGCCGAUGAUGCGGCCUCCGCCGACGACUUCCGUCAAGCGCUCAAGGAUAUCGGCAUCAAGGGCUCUUCCCACCGCGACUUCAUCUCCACUCUCGCCGGCCUGCUGAAGCUCGGCAAUACGCUCGACUACAGCAUCGAAUCCGAGACGUUGGCGGAGAUAUGUGAAGAUGUCAGCGGCCUUCUGGGUCUUGAGCCCGAGGUGCUCGUCAACCAAUGCAGCACCGAGGAUCGCUGGACAUUUGUCGGGGGGCUUUACGAAUCGCUGGUCGACUGGGUCAUUUCCAAAGCCAACGAGGCCGUUGCCGCGCAAAUGGAGCGCGUUCGGUCGGGAGCCGAGUCGAUUGACGGGCGCCAAGUGCGAACCCCAACCUCGAACGAGGACAAGUCCGGGGACACUGUUACCAUGACGGUCAUCGAGAUCCCCCGUGCAACUCUCGGCAAGGCAUUGUCAAUGCGCUCAAUCUUCGACGACUCCCAAGGAAUCAACGCCGAGAUGAUAGCGGAUGGCGUACAGGCACCUCCGGCCGGCUCCUCCGUCCUGCGCGAGAUGCAGCAGGCCGUGUCAGAGGUCGCACCGGACCUUGGUAUCAUGACGGGGCCCGAGGGUAGAGAGCGCCAGUAUGAGCUCGAAAAGCGAGAGCUGGUCCUCGAGAAGAUCGCCUUUUUUGCGGAAUCGGGUGGUUUCCUCAAGAAAUUGCUCUUCCCCAUCCAAGGCGAAGGCAUCAACCUUGGCCGUGCUGGCAGGCUUGACUUGCCCGCGGUGCUCGCUUCGAAUCGCCUGUGGUAUCACCUCUGCCUGCACCCUACGGACGACUCGCCCGCACAGCUCGCCGGCCUGCCUUCCGUCACCUCGGCCUGGUCGGCCGGCACGGUAUCCGGUCAGCUCCGCUCAUGGAGGCUUCCCGAGUGGGCCAACCGACGGAACCGGAGCCUCGAUUUCACUGCUGAUUUCGAUGUCGACGAGUUCGUUCAACGCUACUCUGCCCUCGGCUGCAGAGACGGCAAGGAUGGCAUCGAAAGCUGGAUGCUCGAGCGCGGCUGGAGCAACGGCGAGGUUUUUGUCGGCAAGGAGCGUGUCUGGAUGCGAGAGAGCGCUUGGUGGGAGGCGGAAAGCAUGCUUGAUCUAAAGCCCGGGACCGGCCACCCGGCCAUGCAACCCCCUCACAGCAAUCCCUUUGGAACAGGAUUCGAUACCGGCUACUCGGUUGGUGGCACUGGCUACUUCCCGUCGCACGGCAUGGACGCCAACAUGAAUGCGAGCAAUGAUCAGCUGCUCCACAAUCGCAACUUCAGCCAGGGCAACGUCAGCCAGAUGACGCUGAAUCCCAACCCGGCACCCUCCCUCGCGCCGACUGCGAUGCGCAACGUCAGCAACGGCGACUAUGGCCUUGGCGCCAAAGGCGACACCUACAAGGGGGAUGUCUACUACAGCGAAGAAGGCGAGUUCACAGGCACAAUGGACCCCGAGCUCGCCAAGAACAAGCACAUUCAGACCAAGGAGGUGACUUUUGGCCGUCGAGUCUGGGUCUCCAUUGUGUGGGCCCUCACAUUCUGGAUCCCCUCGCCGUUGCUUCGCUUCGUCGGUCGGAUGCGGAGGCCAGACGUUCGCAUGGCCUGGCGCGAGAAGCUGGUAUUGUGUUUCGUCAUUCUCCUCAUCAACGCCAUCAUCAUCUUCUGGAUCAUUGCUUUCGGCCGGCUCCUAUGUCCCAACUUUGACAAGGCCUGGAGUACAACAGAGGUGGCUUCGCACCAGGGUGAGGAUGACUUUUGGGUCAGCAUUCACGGCAAGGUCUACGAUAUAUCCAAGUUCUGGAAGCGACAGCAUAGCGACACAGACAUCAAGACCAACAAGGAGAACAUGUUGCCUCUGGCUGGGCUUAACAUGGACGACUACUUUCCGAUUCCGCUGAGCGCCGCCUGCCAGGGCCUUGGAAUCAAGGAGACGACUCGUUUGCAAGCGAACAACACGCCCGAGUUUACCACGGCGGUCCACACCUCGGGCUACUUCCAGCCGAACCCCGUCAGCGCUCUGCACAAGACAGACUGGUACUGGACUGAUUUCACGCCGACCAUCAAGGAAUUCUAUCACGGAGAUUUGGUCUACAGCCAACGCCUUGUCGAAUCAGAGGGCAACAGCGAUGUGCAGCACAUGUGGGCUCGGUAUGGCGACCAGAUCUAUGAUCUCACCGACUACUUUCACACCCAGGACGUGUUUCUCAACACCGACAUGUACAAGUUUCUGCACGCCAAGGUCAGCGACCUCUGGAGGAACAAUCCCGGCCAGGACAUCAAAGACAUGCUCGACGGCGUGAUCCGGGAUUCUACGUCUGAUUCGGCCGAACACGCCAAGAUCGUCAACAGCUGGCUUUGCAUCCAGAGAGCCUUCUACAAAGGCAUGACUGAUUUCCGCGAGACGCCGAGGUGCACCGUCAACAACUGGAUCCUCUUGGCCUUCACCAUCAUGGUCUGCGCCGUGGUUCUCAUCAAGUUCGUCUCGGCCUUGAGGUUUACCUCGAAACGCCGUCCAUCGCCACAGGAUAAGUUUGUCAUCUGUCAGGUUCCCGCCUACACGGAAGGCGAGGACUCACUGCGCAAAGCACUGGACUCGCUCACUGCCUUGCAGUACGACAAUAAACGAAAGCUGAUUUGCGUCAUCUGCGACGGCGUCAUAGUCGGCCAAGGCAAUGACCGGCCGACUCCUAAGAUUGUGCUGGACAUCUUGGGCGUUGAUCCCAAGGUCGACCCGCCCGCUCUCCCCUUCAAGUCUGUUGGUCCCGGCAGUGCACAGCUCAACUACGGUAAAGUCUACUCUGGUCUCUACGAGUUUGAGGGCAACGUCGUACCGUAUCUGGUCGUGGUCAAGGUGGGUAAAGAAUCUGAGCAGUCGAAGCCGAAGCCCGGCAACCGUGGCAAGCGAGAUUCACAAAUCCUGCUCAUGAGCUUCCUCAACCGCGUCCAUCACCGCGCUCCCAUGAGCCCCCUAGAGCUCGAAAUGUUCCACCAAGUCAACAACAUUAUUGGGGUAGAUCCGGAGCUGUAUGAGUACCUCCUGAUGGUCGAUGCCGAUACGUCAGUCAGCGAAGACUCGCUCAAUCGACUGGUCUCCGCCUGCGCCCACAAUGCCAAGAUUGCCGGCAUAUGCGGUGAAACGAGCCUGGAAAACGAUGAACAGUCCUGGACGACCAUGAUUCAGGUGUAUGAGUACUUCAUCUCUCAUCACCUGGCAAAGGCUUUCGAGUCUCUCUUUGGGAGCGUUACCUGUCUACCGGGAUGUUUCUCCAUGUACCGACUGCGGACCGCUGACAAGGGCAAACCGCUCAUCAUCUCGGAUGCCGUCAUCAAGGAUUACAGCGUGUGCGACGUCGACACGCUUCACCAGAAGAACCUGCUGUCCCUCGGCGAAGAUCGUUACCUGACAACGCUCAUGACCAAGUACUUCCCGUACAUGGCUUACAAGUUCGUUCCAGAUGCCCAAUGCAAGACUGCCGCUCCGGAGUCGUGGAGUGUGCUCGUGUCGCAACGACGCCGAUGGAUCAACUCGACGAUCCACAACCUUGUUGAGCUUAUGCGGCUCAAGGAGAUGUGUGGCUUUUGCUGCUUCAGCAUGCGCUUUGUUGUCUUCAUCGACCUCUUCGGCACAAUCAUUCUCCCCGCCACAUGUGUCUAUCUCGGCUACCUGAUCUACCGAGUUGCCUCGCACACGGGACAGUUUCCGCUCAUCUCCAUCGUCAUGUUGGCUGCCGUGUACGGCCUGCAGGCCCUGGUGUUUAUUCUGAAGCGGCAAUGGCAGCACAUUGGGUGGAUGAUCAUCUACAUCCUCGCCUUCCCCAUCUACUCGUUCGUUUUGCCCAUUUAUUCCUUCUGGAACCAGGACAACUUCACGUGGGGCAACACCCGUGUUGUCAUUGGCGAAAAGGGCAGCAAGCAAGUCGUCGCCGUCGAUGACGAGGGCUUUGAUCCUCGGUCGAUUCCGCUCCAGCGAUGGGAUGACUACGCGUUUGCCAAUAACUUGCCCGGCCGCCGCGGCGGGUAUCAGGAAAAGCACGAUUACGGAUAUGGCGACCAGUACGAAAUGGAUGAAAUUAAGUCCGUCUACUCAGCAGCGCCGCAAGGUUCCGUCCUGACGGGCAUGGGUGGGCGCAACACGUUUAUGCCCCCCAAGUCCCCCGCCUUUGGCCAGGCGAAUCGUGUCUCUACCAUAAAUGCACCUUACCAUGAUGCGGCGGCGGCGUCGAUGCGACGCCAGUCGAUGAUGUCCAUGGGCACUGCCAUUCAUGACAUGCACCGAAGCCAGUCGCCUUACCAAGACAUUCCCGUGGGUCGACCGAGCAUGAUGACGACGCGCAGUAUCUCCAACCUGUCUCCCGCGUUUGGUGGCCCUGCAAACCGCUCCACCUCAGCCAUUGGCUUUGUGGGCGGCCAUCGUCCACCGAUGGGAGCCGAAGAUGACACGGCCAUUGUCGAGGCCAUCCAGUCCGUUCUGCGCGAGGUCGAUUUGGAUACUGUGACCAAGAAGCAGGUGCGCGCGCUUGUCGAGCAGCGACUGCAGACGGAGCUUGUCGGCGAGCGACGCACCUUUAUGGACCGCCAAAUCGACCGUGAGUUGGAGAACAUGUAG